AUGGCGUUUGCUGCAGAGAUAGAAGGCCUUACUGGUGACCUGAUCAAGGCACUGAGCCAGUCGAGAGCCACUACUGACAAGAGCUUUCUUCGCACGCGUGAUGCUGCUCUUCGGGCGUUUAAGACUAACAAGUUUCUUCGAACCAACCACUUUGAAGUAGAAAAGUCACUAUGUGGACUUGAGGAAAAAUUCCGCGUUCACAACAGAGAUGCCCUUGCGAAUGAGCUCAAGGCGCGCCUCGAUCUGCUAUCUCACCUUGGCUUCAAGUGGUACCCGGAAGCUUUACAUCUAUUACUAGAACUUUCAGAUCAGCCUACAUACAACACCAAGCUUGAGAACAUACCACGCAUCUCCGCAGACGACGAUGGUGGACCCAAGCUACGAUGGGAAGACAUUGCCCAAGAAGAUGGGUGGGCACAGGACUCGGACAUCUGGGACUCCAUCAACUACAGCGAAGGGUCCGGAGAUGAGAUCUUUGAAGAUGAUCCCGAUGAUAAGUCCGAUGAGAGUUCGCAUUUUGGUGGUGAUGCCCCUUCUGGCAGAACAGUUCAAGAUCUCAUCAUCCAUCCACAAGACAAUGACGCAUUAGAGGCGGUCAUAAAGCAGCAGAAAUGGAAACAAGAAGAGCCGACACGAGACCUCAGUGGAAAGGUGCGCAAGAUUGGCCUGUCGGAAACGCAGGCCCUUCGUGAAGUCUUGUUCAUGCUUCACGGCCUACCCACCACAUUAUUCGACGCGGAUGGCGCACCAGAUCCGGCGUUUCAGAUAUUCAACAUAGCAUGGCAGACUCAGAAGUCUCUGCUGACAGCAUUUUCUGAAGCUGGCGGAUAUAUUAACAUUCUGCGGCGCUUUGCGGCUCAAGUCGAAAAAGAGCCGCAGCUCCAAGCUCUUCAAGACUGCGUGGCGAAGCGGGUACGUGUGUUAGAUGACCACCUCGUGCGCAUCCAAGAGCGACUCGCUAGCCCUACCGACCAAGUCGUAGUCAGUCUCAUCGCGGCCAGAGAGGAGCUGACACCCGUGCUGGAGCCGCUGUUUAGGUUGUCUGGAGUGAUUCUAAAGGUGCAGCAGAACCCAACGUCGGAUAAUUUUCGAUACCUUGAGCUGCUGUUUGACGAGUCGAGUAUGGCGCAGCUGACUGGAAACCAAGAGCUCUACGAGUUUCUAGCACGCAUAUUUCUAGAAUGCUUCAUCGUCUACCUGCGCGAGAUCCGCAGCUGGGUCCAGGAGGGUAGGCUGCUGCCCAGCGACGAGGCCUUUUUCAUUUACAACGGCCAAAAGGAUGUGCCAUUGGGUGGCAUCUGGCAGCACCGAUUCAAGCUACGCCGGACGGAGGACGGACAGCUCCUCGCCCCAAUAUUUGUACAUCCAGCUGCCGAUAAAAUCUAUACGACAGGUAAGAGCAUCGUCAUACUGCGCCUCCUCGGUCGUCUCAAGGUCGAGGAUACUCUGCGCAGCGACCAGGAUCAGAUUCUUACCUAUGAGUCUAUCUGCCCUCCCGGGUUCGAGUCGGCUCCGUUCCCGGACCUCUUUAACUUGGCCCUCGGCCAGUGGAUCGACCGCACAUACACGGCUGUGUCCUCAAGCCUCAAGACGGCCCUCUUUGACGACUGCGCUUUUGAGGCCGCGCUGCGCGCCCUGCAUAGCGUCUACCUCAUGGAGGAUGGCGCUGCCGCCUCGGCGUUUUGCGAGCGUCUAUUUGCUAAGCUCGACACCAAGGACGCCACUUGGCAAAACCGCCGCGUCCUGACGACAUCCGCGCAGGAAGCGUUUGCGGGCACCGUCGACGCCAGCCGCCUGUCCAUCAGCGUCGACGCCGCCGACGCUCGGCAUGUGUCGGCCACGGAAGCGCGCAACUCCGUUACGGCCGCGCUGCCGCUCGUUCAGGUUGCGUACAGACCGGAAUGGCCCGUGCAAAUGAUUCUCGACGAGCCGAGCGCCGCACACUACCAGUCCGUCUUUACUUUCAGCCUGCAGAUCAAGCGCGCCGCGCACGCGCUGCACGCGGCCAAGCUCCGCGGUGACCUGAACUUCGAAAAUGACGCCUUUGACGACGGCGCGCAGAGCGAGGCGCGCGGUCUCUUUUACGCUGCCCGCAGCAGCCUUGUCUGGUUCGUCAACACGCUGCAGACGUACCUCGUGACGGUUGUGCUGGUCCCGCAAACGGCGCGCAUGCAGCGCGAGCUCCGCGCCGCGGCCGACGUCGACGGCAUGAUGGCCGCGCAUGCCCGCUGCGUCAAGCACAUGACGGACCAGCUGUGCCUUGGCGCGAAGCUGGCGCCCCUGCGGGCGGCGCUCCUCGAGGUGCUGAACCUUGGCCUCCGGCUCGCGCAUGCGCGCGCCGAAAAUGGCGUCGCGAGGAUGGACCGAGAUGGUGACGAUGUCAUGGGCGGCGCCGGCGACAGUUACGUGAUUGUGCUGAGGCAGAUUAGAGCAGAUUUUGCGCGGCUGGUACGGUUCAUAUGCGGCACGCUGAGGAGUGUAGCGAGGGCCGUCAGCGAUGAGUAUGCCGUGCGGUGGGAUGUGCUCGCCGAUAUGCUGCAGCCUGGCCAUGGCGAAGAGAUGUAG